GCGCGCGCGCCGGGCGAUCGCGGGAAAAUUCUCCCCCCUUCCCUCCCCCUCAGGGGAAGAAAAAGUCACAAGAAAACUCAAAAAAAAAAAAACAAAAAACAAAAAAAAGCCAGUCAAGAAGCAGAGCCAACAUUUUGAAGCCACCACCACCACCACCACCACCACAGAGCCCGGCCGGUGGUGGCUUCCUUUCCGGGCAGCUCUGGCGAGGACCACCCGCUUGGGUGUCUGCUCCCCUUGAGUCCCUGAAGGACGUCAGCUUCCCACCUUUGCUGAGAUGGCCCAGCAAUCUGGAAGCCUGGCAUCUGACUACCAGUUUUGGAUGCAGAAGCUUUCGGAAUGGGACCAAGCCUCCACUUGGGAGACCCAGCAGGAUAUCUGUCUUCAUCUGUCUCGUUUCCAGGAAUUCCUGAGGAAGAUGUAUGAAGCCUUGGCAGAGAUGGAUUCUAAUACAGUUAUGACAAGAUUCCCCACAAUUGGCCAACUAUUGACAAAAGCUUGCUACAAUCCUUUCAUCUUAGCUUUUGAUGAAAGCCAAAAAGUUCUAAUAUGGUGCUUAUGUUGUUUGAUUAACAAAGAACCACGGGAUUCUGGAGAGUCUAAACUGAACUCCUGGACGUGGAGUUUGUUAUUUCAUAUACUUUCAGCAUUCAGUUUCAAUAUAAAGGAGGUUGGUCUUUUCGCUCAAGGCCUUGGGCAUGAGCCUGUAGAUUGCUAUCCUGGUUUGCUUAGAAAUCUGGUUUUAUCAUUAGUGUCGGAACUCAGAGAGAAUCAUCUUAAUGGAUUUAACACUCAAAGGCGAAUGGCCCAUGACCGAGUACUGGCCCUGUCACGAGUCUGCAUCCCACUUAUUACGCUGCCGGAUUUUGAACCCCUGGUAGAGGCCUUGCUUGUCUACCAUGGACAUGAACCUCAGGAAGUCCUCUGUCCUGAAUUCCUGGAAGCUGUAAAUGAAGCCUAUUUAGAGAAGAAGAUCUGUCUGCACAGGCCUGCUGUGCUCUGCCUGUGGCUCCGGCACCUUCCCAGCCUGGAGGAGGCCGUGCUGUGUCUGCUGGAGAAGUUCCUCUCCAGGGAGAGAGACAAUUGCCUGCAAGGGAUCGAGAGCCUUCUAGAAGAGUCACUGCUGCCACAGGCCGCCGCCUGCCACCCUGCUGUGUUCUGGGUCGUGGAUGAGAUGUUCAGGUGUGCGCUCCUGGAAACCGACGGGGCCCCGGAAGUAGUGGCCGCCCUUCAAGCGUUUACAAGAUGCUUUGUGUCAGCACUGGAGGAAACGGGCACGCAGCCCAAGUUUCCUCUCAAGAGCUACUUUCCGUACGCACCCGCAGCCCUGGUCCCCCUCCUGUUGCGGCAGCCCAGACCUGAGGCCGGAGAUGCCCUGGUGGGACGGUGGCACCAGCUGCUGGAGCGUGGCUCCCAACUGCUCAGGGAAGAGGUUGAAGACCGAACUCACGGGGCUUCCCGAGGGCCGUUUGAGAGCUGGUUUCUCUUCACCCACUUCGGAGGAUGGGCUGACAUGGCAGCUGAGCAUCUGCUGAGAGCAGACGCCGAGCCCCGUGAUGCCCUGCUGUGGCUCCUGGCAUUCUACCAUAGUCCGCGAGAUGGGAGUCGGCAGAGAGCGCAGACCAUGGUGGAGAUCAAGGCAGCGCUUGGCCGCCUCCGGAAGCUGUCCAGGAGUGCCACCAUCUCGGCCGGGGACCUGCAGGUGGCUGCUGGGCCUGCCGGUGCCACAGAGUCCAGGGCAGCUGCCUCCCCGGCACUCCUCAGGUGCCUGCUGCUCAACUUCCUGCUCUGGGCUCCUGCAGGCCACGCCAUCGCCCUGGAAGCUAUGCGCCUGAUGGCGCACUCUGAUGAGACGGCCCGAGAGAUUAUCACCUUUCUUGACCGGACCUUGUACAGGUGGGCUCAUCUUGGCAUCGAGGCACCCGCAUCGAGAGAGCUGGCCAGAAAGCUCCUUCAGCAGCUGCGCGCCCCGGUGCCAGGCAGCUGGCCUGCAGGGUGCCCUGGGGAGGCGGGUCAGAGUGCCCAGACCAUCACGGAUUGAUAUGCUCUUCUUCAGGGGGCCUGUUCGGGCUGCGAGAAUGACCAGGACACAUCUGGAAAAGCUCCACCCAUGCUGGUUUUACAAACUGGAGACGAGGGCCGUGGCCCAAACUUGGAUUCAGCCGCUGCCCUGCGGCCGACACCUGCUCAGCCCAGCCCAUCAGCUGCAGUCACUCAGGGAAAGGCUGGCUGGGAGAACAGCUGUCUCCUUGGUAACCAUAUAAAACCAAAAUACUGGAAUGAGUCAGUCUGUGGACAGGUUCACUGACCGUGGCAGCACCUGGUUAGUACAGAGAACCACCCUUCCUCACGUGCAUUUUAGGAGUCGGGUGGUGGCUGUUGGCACUGCUUUUACCUCGC